GAUCUUCACUCUGUAUAGCAAGUCGCUGCCGUUGGACCUGGCGUGUCGAGUGUGGGAUGUGUUCUGCAGAGAUGGUGAAGAGUUCCUGUUCCGCACGGCUCUGGGAUUGCUUCGCCUCUACCAGGAUGUCCUGACCAGCAUGGACUUCAUCCACAUGGCUCAGUUCCUCACCCGCCUGCCUGACCUCAUCCCUGCCGACCAGCUCUUCCAGCACAUUGCUGCUAUUCACAUGACCAGCCGCAACAGGAAGUGGGCACAGGUCUUGCAGGCGCUGACGGAGCAGAAGAGAUCGGGAGCGAGGUUGCCCGGUGCUGAAGCGUUGAGCUGAGAUCAGAACAUAACCAGCUCAAGCUAAAGUACUCAAUCAGACCCCCUCCAGCCUUUGGAAAAGCCUACACUCUUGCCCAAGCUGAUGGACCUGAGAGAGAUCUUCUGUCAGGUUGGGGACACGUCCAGUUGAGGCUGCAGUGAUAAAGCUCUUCUCCAGAGCCAUGCCACUCCUCCGACUGGAACCAGAACACUGGAGGGGGUCUCAGUGACUGAGCAGGGGUGUGAAAAAGGAAUAUGAGGCCUUAUUUAACUUCCAGCACCCCUCCUCUGCUCAGAGGCCCAGCAGCAAACUGGAAACUUGUAGCUGGGAAAGGCUGAAGAAUGUAACACACACUCCCACAUGUAUGAACCUACCCGACUGACUCAGUUCCCCAGAGACUGAAGGAAACCACAGAGAUACCAGAUACUACAUCAACUCCUUCACUGCUGCCAGCUCUCAGAUCCUUUCUGUUUGAUUCGGCAAAUGAAGCUUAAAUGUGUCUACAGCAAUGUUCAUCUCUGUAGUCAAAUCUGUAAACGACAUAAAUACGUGAGGGGGUUCCUAGCUGUCUCUGUGCGUCUCCUUCUGCGUAGCGGCACCUUUUUUUCCACUCACUUUAAUUUUUCUCACAUUCCUUUGUGUCCUCCAUGUUUUUAUUUCCUUUUGAUCUGAGUUUGCUUUUCAUUGGCUUGUAAUCAGGACCAAAUUGUCACCUUAGCUGUUCCAUGAAGACAACUCUUCUGAACAGGGGGAGUUUUGUAGGUUAUAAUCCAUGAAGGUAUGACACAAAUGCACAUAAGAAAACGUGGUGUGUUUGAGAGCACCGCGUUACAGUUAAUGAAAUGUUUUAGUUCAUUAGAAGAGGUCAGAAGCUGCCUGUGUCAGCGAGACUGGAAUAAAUGAGGUAAAGUGUUAGAUGUGGAUUUCCCCUGUAUUUAAUAUAUUUGUGGUACAUUAAUUUGCAUUAAUUGAUUAGCUUUUGUUAUGAUUUCAGAUGUGUUGGUGUGAGUGUGAAGUCUUUUGUUCAUUUAUUUAGUAUAUUUAAGAAAAGGAUGGAUUUGGUCCAGACAAAUGAAGGGUUGUCGUUGAGCUUCUGGCUGCACAUUUGGAGCACUUUUAAUCUCUUUUUAAACACAUUCUAGAUUGCAGGCUGUAACUUGAGGGGCAUUGCACGCAUUUGGCUGCAUAAUUUAUUUCCAGGGAGCAAUCUAAAAGUACUAACCACACUGGCCAAUGAAAUUAACUUUGAAGCAUUAAGAUGUGGAGACUCUGAGGAGUGUGCAGUCAGCUGUUGAUGGUUUUUACUUUCAAGGCUCGCUAUGCAGGAGUUUUGUUGUUGCUGUUUGCAUCGUGGGUCUGUCGUCCUUGGCUUAAAAGUAUUUUUUUCAAUUGCCAUCUGUGAAAUUUAACCAAAACCUUCACUUUUUUUAAAUCAAGUGGCUGGGCUUUUCCCCCCGGCUGUCGUUGUACAUUCUUAGUGACGUGCCUGGUGGACUCGCUGCACCAUCUCGAGGUACAAAUUUGGCUUUUCGUGAAAGAGCGGGACAACCCAGGUUUGGUUCCAGGUAAUUAAUGUGACAAAUUAAGGAUGAAUGGUUUGGGCAUAAAGUUUAAAUAGCUACACCGCAACAUACGGUGGGUCGUAAGUGGUUGAUCAGAGAGAUUCCUAAAGUUUAAAAUCCUGCAUAGACGGCCUUUAAUUACUUGCAUUAGCUGUGUGUAAACGUCACUGUUGCAGCUGUAGUUAUUGACUGUUGGUCAGAUUACUAGCCUGCAGCAUCACUGUAACCGUCUCACCCGUCAUGUUGUGGUGCCCCUCACAGUUUUAAAUCCUCCACUCUGGAGCAAAGUGCAGUAUAACAGAGAUUUCUUACUUUGGUUUAAAGAUUUUCUGCUUUUUUGUUUUGUGGGGGCUUUAAAUUGGUUGUUUUAUAGAGUUUUUAUUAGGGUAGCAGAUCUGAUUAUUUGAUAAUAGAAGCAAUAUUUAGUUAGAGCCCUACACAAAGUUGGAAGAAGGAAGCGGAUUGUUGGAUAUUGAGCGUCACACAGCCUGCAAAUCUCGACUUUUAGUUUUUCAUCAUGAGAUGACACAGAUUGUGUUGUCUUUUGUGUCACAGUGGCAUAGUGGAGAGAGAUCUGGCCUAGAUCUGCUAACUGCUGCGUGUGUCAGGGUAUUGUGGCUGCUUAAAGUUGAGGUUGUCACUAAGUUGAGGCCUUGACACUGCAUUCACACUGUGGUUAUUGUGUCACUCCAUCCUCACCAGUAGUGGGCGGAGCCAAUGCUACGUUGAUUGGAUACACUGUGCAAAGUCAACACACUGCAUUUCCUGAUCUGAUCUUUGUUUUGUGACAGUGAUGACUUUGAAAGCCCAUUGUGCACAAGCGUCAUCAGAGGAAUGAAAGGCCGAUGUAUGAGGAAAUGUCUCGUCGUUCCUUGUGAAACUGCUUCACGUGCUGUGUUGUGCUGCUGAAUUUGUGUGUGAUGGAGUUCCAGUCGGUCUUUCCUGUUAUAUUAGUGAACUCAAUCUCUUAACCCUCAGCUGAGGCUGUGCUUUCUUAAAUCCCUGGACAUUAGCUGAAGUAGAACGUUCAGUCUGGGCUUUAAAAACAGGAAGACUCCUUUCGUUUUGUAAUUCAUCAUCGUCUCAGCCACAUGGCCGCUGAAAGGGCGCCUGCUGUGUUUUUGACUCAGCACCGUGCAAUACUAUGUCUGAUCAUUCUUCUAAAUGCACCCCCUCCCCCACUGUGGUGAAACACUGCAGGACUGCAGUUAAAGCUUUUUGCAAGCCAUACGUGCAAGCCUUUGAGUUGUGCCUCUGAUCGUCUCGUGGUUAAAAACGGGUUGUUGAUUUCUCCACCUUUUUUAGGUAGCUGUUUGCAAACUGUAGUGUGUGUCUGUAUGUGUAUGUCUUGUUUGUGUGGUUAAGUGGUAUCUUCACAAUUAGACCUGUUGGUUACCAGUUAAUUGUUACAUUUAAAGCUGGCCUGGGUAUCAGCUCUACCUGUCAACACUACCUUUUGAUCCUUAGUGGUCAAAAAGAACAUUCAGACUAAAUUGGGUUGAAAGAUAUUUUAGAUGAUGUACCAUUGCUUGAUAAUCAUGUUG